AUGGAUGAGAUCUGCGCCAUAUUAAAAGAAUACAAUGAAAGUGACACUGAAGGAAUAAUAGAUUUAUUCAAAGAAUACAGUGUUAAAUUAAAUGAAGCUGGGUUGGUGUCUGAAAACGAAUAUAGCAAAGGGAAGAAUGAUUACGGUGAUGGUGGAAUCAUAUUUGGUUUAUAUUUAGCGCCAAAAGUAAAAUACAAUAUCAUUCUAACUUCCGAUGGUGUUUUAAAAGAAAAGAAAACGUUUAAGGGUUACUCUAACUAUAAGAUUAAGGUAGAAGACUACAUUCAAUUAGCUAGUGGACAUGACGUAACGAAUGAAUUUAAGAAACCUUGGGUAAAAAGUUGUACUGAUGGAAUAAUUAUUCCUAAUGAAAAACAAAAGAAAGUUUUCAGAAGUUAUCUGAAUCUCGUUAAGAGAAAAGCACCAAACAGUGAAGGAAUUAUGUAUCCUUACAACAAUAAAGAUGAGAUGUGUUUGGAUGAAAACUAUGAAUUUGAUGAUUUCGAUUAUCUAACUAUUCAAGAAGAGAAUGAAGAGUGUUAA